GUCAUAAUACGCGCGUUUUCCUGUCGCCAAAGGCUGCAUGACAACCGAAAACUUGUCCUCGGCAUGUAACUUAGGCAACAAUAUCACUCAUCAUGGCUAGCAUUUUCAAAAAUUGUCCCAUUUGUUAACUAAUAUUUUAGCGUUUGCAUUUGCUAUGACCCAUAUGCUAGCUAUAUAAGCCCGCACUGGAUUCCGUGGAUAGUCGUUCUAGUUAUCGGCACCAUAGUACCAAAAUUGUCUUCAUAUUUUCAAAGUUAAACUGGAAAAUCAGUCUUGAACAUGUCGGGCAGCCUGGCUGGCAAAGUAGCCCUUGUUACAGGGGCCUCCCGAGGAAUUGGUCGUGCAACUGCGAUAGCACUCGCUAAAGAAGGCGCAUCUGUUGUUGUCAACUACGUUUCCUCUGUGGGUGCCGCAGAAGAGGUAGUGAAAGAGAUCGGAGCUAAUCGGUCAGUCGCCAUCAAGGCCGAUGUGUCUGAGAUCAAUGAGAUCAUGGAUUUGAUCCAACAAGUUGUCAAGAAAUUCGGAAAGAUUGAUAUCGUCGUUCUCAAUGCGGGUCUCCUAUGGCAAAAUGGAGCCCUAAAUAAUAUCGAUGAAAAUGCUUUCGACAAGAUUUUUCAAACGAACGUCAAAGGACCUUUCUUUCUGGUUCAGGAGGCCGCAAAGCAUAUCCCUGACGGCGGCCGAAUUCUCCUUUUCUCAACCUCACUAACAAGCGUCAGUAUGAUCACCCCAAACUACCUACUCUACGUGACAACCAAGGGUGCGGUUGAACAGAUGACGCGUGUCAUGGCCAAGGAUCUUGGCAAAAGGGGAAUCACGGUCAACACAAUUUCUCCUGGUCCCAUUUCCACCGAUACUUAUUUUGUCGGCAAGACAGAGGAGAUGAUAAAGUUGCAGAGAACUUUUGCUCCGGCAAACAGAAUUGGAAAGGCUGAAGAGGUCGCUGAUGUUAUCACGUUUAUGGCAAGUAAGAAAAGUCAAUGGAUCAACGGACAGAACAUUCAGAUCAAUGGAGGUAUGACCGUUGGUUAGAAGCUGGAAAGAGAUUUCUUUAUUUCUUCACUUCUUCGUUUUAACGACACUCGGUUCCUAUCACGGAGCCUUCACUGUGUCCCUUGCCUUUAGAUAAUUCACACGUAAAAAUAAACAUUAUUGCUCGCAAACAUUAGCAAAAACAACUCUGAGUUACGUGAUUUCUUUGCUCAACUAAGGUGCCGCUUGCCAUUUCCCUUCAAACACCUCAAGUUUCUUGAGAUAUUUCCAUUUUUCACAAGAAAGCUCCAACGUCCUUUUGAGUGCACUGGUGUUUUCUUGAGGCUGGU